GUCCGAGUCCGGGUCCCGGGCAACCCCUCCCCACGCGCCUGGGAGGGGAAGAGGGAGGAGCGGCCUGGCCACCGCAGCCAAUAGCAACCGCGGCUUCCUGGUCCGAUCUCCGACGCCGCUAAACAUUGGUCGCCGCUCGGGUCUCGGCCCACCGAACCUUUGCCUCCUAAGCCAAUCGCGAGGCGGCGAGGCGACCCCGGGUUCCCCUGCUCGGGCGGCGGCGCGGGUGGCGGUGACAGGCUGCGCGAGCCGGCACCCCCCACUCCUCCUCCCCGGCGCGAGGCGCGCAGCAGGCUCCACCAUGGAGCCCGCCUUGUCGCUGGCCGUGUGCGCGCUGCUCUUCCUGCUCUGGAUCCGCGUGAAGGGGCUGGAGUUCGUGCUCAUCCACCAGCGCUGGGUGUUCGUGUGCCUCUUCCUGCUGCCGCUCUCGCUCAUCUUCGACAUCUUUUACUAUGUGCGCGCCUGGGUGGUGUUCAAGCUCAACAGCGCGCCGCGGCAGCACGAGCAGCGCGUGCGGGACAUCCAGAAACAGGUGCGGGAAUGGAAGGAACAGGGCAGCAAGACCUUCAUGUGCACAGGACGCCCAGGCUGGCUCACUGUCUCACUGCGGGUUGGGAAGUACAAGAAGACACAUAAAAACAUCAUGAUCAACUUGAUGGACAUUCUGGAGGUGGACACCAAGAAACAGAUUGUCCGUGUGGAGCCCUUGGUGACCAUGGGCCAGGUGACUGCCCUGCUGAACUCCAUUGGUUGGACUCUACCGGUGUUACCCGAGCUGGAUGACCUCACUGUGGGGGGCUUGAUCAUGGGUACAGGCAUCGAGUCAUCGUCCCACAAGUACGGCCUGUUCCAGCACAUCUGCACUGCCUACGAGCUGGUCCUUGCUGACGGCAGCUUUGUGCGGUGCACACCGUCAGAAAACUCAGACCUGUUCUAUGCGGUGCCCUGGUCCUGUGGGACUCUGGGCUUCCUGGUGGCUGCCGAGAUUCGCAUCAUCCCUGCCAAGAAGUACGUGAAACUGCGCUUUGAGCCGGUUCGGGGCCUGGAGACCAUCUGUGAAAAGUUCACUCAGGAAUCCCAGCGGCUGGAGAAUCACUUUGUGGAAGGACUGCUCUACUCCCUGGAUGAGGCCGUCAUCAUGACCGGGGUCCUGACGGACCAGUUGGAGCCCAGCAAGCUAAAUAGCAUUGGCAGUUACUACAAGCCCUGGUUCUUCAAGCACGUGGAGAAAUACCUGAAGGCAAACCGAGAAGGCCUGGAGUACAUCCCCUUGAGACACUACUACCACCGGCACACGCGCAGCAUCUUCUGGGAGCUCCAGGACAUCAUUCCCUUCGGCAAUAACCCCGUGUUUCGCUACCUCUUUGGCUGGAUGGUGCCUCCCAAGAUCUCCCUCUUGAAGCUGACCCAGGGCGAGACCCUGCGCAAGCUGUACGAACAGCACCACGUGGUUCAGGACAUGCUGGUGCCCAUGAAGUGCCUGAAGCAGGCCCUGCACACCUUCCACAAUGACAUCCACGUCUACCCCAUCUGGCUGUGCCCCUUCAUUCUGCCCAGCCAGCCGGGCCUGGUGCACCCCAAGGGAGACGAGGCUGAGCUCUACGUAGACAUUGGUGCAUAUGGGGAACCACGCAUAAAACACUUUGAAGCCAGGUCCUGCAUGAGACAGUUGGAGAAGUUUGUCCGAAGCGUGCAUGGGUUCCAGAUGCUGUAUGCUGACUGCUACAUGGACCGGGAAGAGUUCUGGGAAAUGUUUGACGGCUCCCUGUACCACAAGUUACGGGAGCAGCUGGGUUGCCAGGAUGCCUUCCCCGAGGUGUACGACAAAAUCUGCAAGGCUGCCAGGCACUGAGCGGGGGCCCUCCCGGACAGAGACAGAGGAGCCUGUGGACCCUGCUUCCAGGACCCUUCACUCAGGCUUAGCUGCUCUCCCAGACCCACACUUCCAGAAGAAACCCCUCCAGAAACCCCAUCCAGGCAGAUCUGAUGACAUGUCCUGGCUCCCCAGGACAGCCCAGUCCAGUGAACAGGACCUGAGACUUGGAGUCAGACCUGACUCCACUUCCCAGUUUAGCCACUCAGCACCUUUGAGCCCAGCUCUUUAUCUCAAGUCAUGGGGUACCAGUAACUGCCUCAGCUGAGCUACUGGAUAGGUAGUAACUGUUUUUUACUGCUUUCCCUUCAGCAUCCCAUCUGACUGAAAUGCUCUAGGUUCAACAGUUGGGUCAAGCAGAUUCCGUGUUAGGUGGCCUGCACACAGGUUUGGCUGGAAUGAUGAAGGGGAUGCCCCAGAGUCCUGCCAUUGCCUCAGUUUGGCAGAAGAGUUCCUCACAGACUGAAAGAAAGAGGUCCUUCUUCAUCCCUUCAGUCUCCCAGGGCCCCAGAUGGGCAGGAAGGCCCAAGAUGUGCUGUGCCAAAGCCAGGUCCCAAUACCAGUGUUUUCUCUGCUGCCUUUGGUGAUGUCCUGUUCCUCUCUCCUUUGUGCUCAGACUUGCACUCCCAGCCCAGCCACCACCCAGGUCUCCUCAGAGGGGAUCAUGCCUGCUGAAGAGGGCAUUUCAGGGCUGCGUCCUGUCGCCAGCUGGCCCUGGGCAGCAUCCAGGUGGAACGGUGGCUACUGCUCUGAUCUGUAGCUCUUGGCCUCCUUCCUGGCUCUCUAACACUUCCUAUCCCUGUCCCUGGAACCCACAGAGCCAGUGUGGAGAUGCAGCCAUGCUGCCAUGCUGGAGGGCUGGAGGCUCAUCAGUCAGGAAUAUGGAGCCCGCCGAUAUGUUUUAUGAGGGUUCUCGCUGGGGCUGAAAGGAAAGGGGGAUCAACUCAAGUGCUCCAAACACUCGUCCUUUUUAAUGUUUUUUUCUCCCCUCCCCGCAGUUGUAGUUAAUUUCAGUGCCUUACAAAUCCUAAACUCAGAGAAAAGUUCGCCCCAAUUCCCUCCAUUCCUGAGGGCAGGGAGCCUCCCUAGGUCCUUCCCCCACUUAUUAAUGCUUAGUCGUUUAUGCAACUCCCCUUUGAGAAGUGCCCACAGUCUCAGCAGGAGGGAGGGAAGCUGCUCUGAUAGUGAAUGCAGACAGAGGCCAUUUGUCCUCCAGGAUGCCCCCUUCCACAUGAGGCUAUAAGAUGUGCCUGGGCCUCUGCUCCAGGAGGGCAUGGCUGUUCAGAAGCUCUGGGUUCAGCCCUCCACAGAAAGUCUCAUGUAUGGAAACGGGAGAAAGGCGAUCAAGUGCACACCUGGAGGUUGUAUGCCAUUCAAGAUUAUUCCUCUGGCUCGAGGCCAGGUUUCAUCCCUUUUCCAAAAAGGCUUGCAGGACAGUGCCAUUGUUGACACUCUGAGUUGCCAGGAUCCUUAUAGAGUCACACUAUGACUGCUGCUCACCCAGCCCACCCAGGAUGGCACUCCUGAAGGGCUCAGCAUGCCCCUAAGUUCGGGCCAAUCCAUGGCACUCAGAAAGGAAAAAAACCUGUCCUCCUUUGGCCUCUGGCAUAUGAGAAAUUAAGAGACUGUGUCUUCAGCUUAUACGCAAAGCACAUGAGUCCUGGCAUUUGCUCUGACGGUGAGCUCAAGGGGGUCCUGCUCAGUGGUCUGCUAAUGAUUCUACUUCAGUAGAGGAAUGGUUAACCUGGGCAAGAGCACCCUGGCAGCCUCUCACCAUCCUUACGCCUCAGAGUGGCCAGAGAUGCCAGCAGCCUCUCAGCCAUAGUCUUACAAACCAAAAUCUUGCCCUUCACAGACCUCCCCAGAGCCCAGGGCAUCUACAUCAAUAUUUCACUCCCCUAGUAUGUUGCCUGGAGAGUGGCAGUCUUCCAAGCAUGAUGCACCUAACCACCAGUUUUUUUUCUUCUUCCUUUUGGCCAGUCCCAGCACUGUCCAUCCAAAUGGUGGUUUCACUUUGCACCCAAUGGCAAUGCAUGUGGAAAGGAACAAGAAUAGACCUCUCUCCUCCAGAGCCCCCCAUGAAGGCUUUUUAUAAACCAGAAUUGCCGCCAGUUUGUCUGGAAGAAUACAUGAUUUAAUUCGAUGAAGGGAAGCGAGGGCUGGGGCUGACAGUGUGUGCUGUGUGGUUGGGUUUUUCUUCCCCCUUGAUCCUGGGGCCUAGGAGAAAGCAUGAGCCUCAUCCCCACCCCUCAGCAGGCUCUUGAAGCCUCAGGCACUGUGCCUACAUGUCCAGAACACUUCAUGUCCUUGUGGCUUUGUGGCUGCUGCUUCUAUCAAAAUAAAAGUGUGACCUGGAUAAUAA